AUGUCUCCACCCCCAAUAAUCGCCCCCUCUAUCCUCUCCGCCGACUUCGGCGCCCUCGGCAAGGCCUGCUCAGACACCAUGUCGCAAGGCGCUGACUGGCUCCACAUCGACAUAAUGGACGGCCACUUCGUGCCCAAUAUGACCUUCGGCGCGCCCGUAGUAACCAUGAUACGGCCGCACGUCGAGAAGCCCAGCUCAGCUUUCGACCGCGGCACCUUCGACUGCCACAUGAUGAUCGCGGAGCCGCACCGCUGGGUCAAGGAGUUCAAGAAGGCGGGCUGCGACCUGUAUUGCUUCCACUACGAGGCGGCGCUGCAGAGCACGGCGGCGGAUAGUCCGAGUGGGCAGACAGAGGAGAAGACGAGUCCGGCGAAGUUGAUCAGAUUUAUACAUGAGCAGGGGCUGAGGGCGGGGAUUGCGAUUAAGCCGAAGACGCCGGUGGAUGUGCUGUAUCCUAUCUUGGAUAGUGGGACUAAGGAAGAGGUGCCGGAUAUGGUGCUGGUCAUGACGGUGGAGCCGGGCUUUGGCGGGCAAUCUUUCAUGGCGGAUAUGAUGCCAAAAGUCAAGGAUUUGAGGAAAAGAUACCCAGAGAUGAACAUUGAGGUCGAUGGCGGUCUGUCAGCGAAGACGAUUGACCAAGCUGCUGACGCAGGCGCAAACGUCAUAGUGGCUGGAAGCGCAGUUUUUGGCGCGAAAAAUCCGAGCGAGGUCAUCGCAAGGCUAAGAGAGGCGGUAGAAAAGAGGCGGUGA